UUAAUGGUUUUCGUUGGGGUCUGACAAUCCACCGCUGUGAAUGGGAUGAUUAUGAUGAUUACCGGUUCUUGUGAAGUUGAUUUGCUUUUUUGUUGGGACCAAUAAAUUCAUCCGCAAUAUUAUCACCACAGACCCCACAUGACUCCUCCACUCCAUUAAAGCUUCCCCAUCUGCCUCAGAAAAUCAUACCAUCUGUGCCAAAAAGCUGAGCUCCCUACGAUUCCACCAAUCCAUACAGGCUGUACCCUUUCUGUGUCCCGUGUUUUAUUCUUAAAUACUCCCUUCCUGCUUUUUCAAAAAUCUGCCGCUUGAAGAAUUUCGUUAUGCAGAAAAUAUAGCGAAGUUUAUUUCGAUCUUCUUGAUGGGAAUGGAAUUCCGAGUUCCCUUUGCAGAGUGGGGUUCGAACCUGGGAUCGGACGAUGAAGAGGCUCUCUCCUUCUGCAACUUGCCCCUUUACGACAAACCCCGCCUUUCCGCGGAAUGGAACGAAGCUUUACGGGAUUCGAACGCUGGAUCUCCAGGUCACCAAGAUUUCGACUUCGAUUUCGGCUGCUCGAGCCCGAUGGCGUACAGCGCUUGCCCUGCGGACGAUCUGUUCCACCAGGGCCGCCUGCUUCCUAUGUCCCUUCCGAGAUCUUGCAGCACCGAAUCCGAUGCGCCAUCUGCUUGCAGUAAAUCCAAUUCGCGCAAUGAAAAUCGGAUUUUGCUAAAUGAGAAGCUGCAGUCAUGGAGAACGGAUUCGCUGGACUCACAGUCCAGCUUCUGGACCAGCUCGAGCUCUGGUAACUCUCAAGGCUCACAGGGAAAUUUAAAUCACUCCGCCUCUGGAAAAUAUUUGCGGCGCAGUAAUAAUGCCGCUACGGCGAGCACUAAAUCCAAGUCCAAGCCAAAUCGGGGCUCAUGCACGGCUACAAAGCCGCCGGUUCCGUCCAGUAAAUCGUCUCUGAAAUGGCAGCAGUUUUUCACCCUAGGGUUAAUGAAAACCCCUUCCAUGAAGCUGGAAGACAUGCGCCUCAGGCAACAGAAACCUAACGGCCAUGGCGUGGAGAAAUCGGUUCUUAAGCGGUCGGUUUCGUGUAGUUACGAGCAAGGGCCAAAGCUUGCGCCAAAGGAGCCUAUUUCUCUCAAUUUUCGACACAAAUCGAACUCAGUCAGAGAAAAUAUGUCCGUGGAGGAGCCGCCUAAAUCCAGGGGCUGGCGUAUGCUGGCGCCAUUGACGGCACUAAACGGCUGUAAAGCUUCGACAAAUUCUGUUAUUAACUGUUCCACCAGCAAGAUGCACGCGGAUGUUGGAGUAUUUACAGAGCACAGACGAUUGUCUAGUAAAAGGCAGUCUCUUUAUGAAGAUCAGAAUUCACCGAGCUCUGCAAAAUUGUCUGGCAGAGGAUGUGUUCACGGUAUACUCAAAGGCAAUGCAAGCGGCUCCAAGGUGGAUCCUCACAAACUUUCUUUCAGCUAAGCUUUGCCAUUAUGUAAUUGCAAAUAGUAUUUGAUCUUCCGAGAAAGAAUAUUUGUGUUUCUGUUUCUGUUGCUGCUGUAAAAUUUUCAUUUUGUCGGUCUGUUUAUGUGUUUUUGUUUCA